GAUCAAAAUGAUGUUUGGACAGAUAACAAAUAUUUAAGAACCAAUAUCAAUCAUUUGAUGGUUUUGGUGUUUCCUACACAGGGUACGAGGAAAAGGCCAAUCAUGACGGAAUGUUAUAAAUAUGUACUUAUCAUAGGCCUUUUGUUUUUGGUCACGGUGCACUGUAAGAAGGACAAGGAAAAAAAUGAAUUUAAUGUUACGUAUGAUUCACGAUCCUUGAUAAUUCAUGGCAAUAGGGAGCUCCUCUUCUCUGGAUCAGUACAUUAUCCUCGUGUCCCGGUUGAGGAAUGGGAAGAUGUCCUUGACAAAUGCAAAGAAGGGGGCCUAAAUGUGAUCCAAACUUACGUCUUUUGGAACGUACAUGAGCCUGUCAAGGGGGAGUUCAAUUUUACAGGCCAAAAUGAUAUUGUAAGGUUCAUUAAACUGGUUGCUGAGAGAGGCAUGUGGGCAACACUACGAGUCGGGCCAUUCAUUCAAGGUGAAUGGAAUAACGGAGGAUACCCAUUUUGGUUAAGAAAGGAGCCUAACAUCACAUAUCGAACUGAUAAUCCAAUAUUCAAGAUGAAUACAGAGAGAUGGGUCACGAAGAUUGUAUCAUUGAUGAAGGAUAACGAUUUAUAUGCCUCACAAGGAGGUCCUAUUAUAUUAUCUCAGAUUGAGAACGAGUAUGAUCACGUUAGAGGAGCAUUCAGGGACGGCGCUGCAGAGAGGUAUAUUAAUUGGGCAGGAACCAUGGCUCUUGGUCUGAAAACUGGUGUACCAUGGAUCAUGUGUGAGCAAAAAGAUGCCCCUGGCGAAGUGAUCAAUGCUUGCAAUGGUAGACAUUGUGGAGAAACAUUUGAAGGUCCUAAUGCACCUCACAAGCCGUCUUUGUGGACUGAGAACUGGACUGCUCAGUUCAGAGUUUUUGGAGAUGUACCUUCUCAAAGGUCAGCUGAGGAUACUGCUUUUGCUGUUGCGCGCUGGUUCUCCAAAAAUGGAAGCCAUUCUAACUAUUACAUGUAUCAUGGUGGCACAAACUAUGGAAGGACUGCUGCAGCCUUUACCACCACUCGCUACUAUGAUGAAGCUCCCCUUGAUGAAUUUGGCUUAAUAAGGGAACCCAAAUGGGGACACUUGAGGGAUCUACACCGUGCUUUAAUGUUGAGCAAGAAGGCUGUAGUCAAUGGGAGAUAUGGUAUUGAGAUAUUCGGCCCAAAUUUGGAGGCACGUUACUACGAGAAGAACAACCUUUGCGCAGCUUUCCUGUGGAAUAACCGUACUCAUACAUCAGAAACUGUGAAAUUCAGAGGCAAAGAGCACACCCUUCCACCAAAGUCCAUCAGUAUCUUGCCUGAUUGCAAGACUGUUGUGCUCAAUACAGACUCUAUGAUCGCGCAACAUAGUUCAAGGGAGUUUGUUAGAUCCGAGAAAGCUAACAAGGAUUUGAAAUGGGAGAAGACUAAUGAAAUCAUCUCACCUAAAUCUGAUGUCUACUCAAGGGCUCCAAUGGAACAGUUUCAUACUGCAGAGGACAAAACAGACUAUUUGUGGUACAGAACAAGUGUAGAAUUGGACAAUGUUGACUUGCCUUUUAGAAAGUCCUUCCAACCAGUCUUACAACUUUACCAUCUUGGUCACUCCUUGCAAGCCUUUGUCAAUGGAAAAUACAUAGGAUCAAGCCACGGAUUCCAUAGAGCUCCUGCUUUCACUUUCCAAGCACCUGUACAUUUGACAGAAGGUGUCAACAAUAUAUCAAUUUUGAGCAACACAAUGGGAAUGCCGGAUAGUGGAAGCUAUAUGGAGAGAAGAUGGACAGGGCUAAAAUUCCUUGAAAUCCAAGGUUUAGGUACUGGAGAACUUGAUCUUUCUUCCAAUGGUUGGCAUCACACGGUUGGUUUGCAUGGAGAGAAGCUUCAGUACUUCACUGAGGAAGGAGCUAGUAAGGCACAUUGGACACCUGCAAAGGGACCUGGUGAAUUACUUACUUGGUAUAAGACACACUUUGAUGCCCCAGAGGGAAAUGAUCCAGUAGCUAUCAGAAUGGAGAAUAUGACUAAAGGAGUGAUUUGGGUCAAUGGAAGAAGCAUAGGACGUUACUGGUCGACCUUCCUCACCAUACGGGACACACCUUCUCAAAGCGAGUACCGCAUUCCAAGAUCAUACCUUAAGCCUAAGGACAACUUCUUGGUGAUCUUCGACGAGGCAGGAGGGAACAUAGACACAGUCCAAAUUGAGACAGUACACCGUGAUGUGAUUUGUAGCUACAUAUCCGAAAACAUGCCACCAAGCGUAACAUCAUGGAAAAGGGAUGCCCAUGACAUAAUUGCCGCGGUUGAUGACCCAAAGCUGAAGGCAUCACUCAGAUGCCCUAACAACAAAGUCAUCAGUCACGUCGAGUUUGCUAGCUUUGGCAACCCUUAUGGUGUUUGUGGCUUCUUCAUCCUUGGCACUUGCAACUCUCCACACUCCCAAAAGAUUGUCGAGCAGCAUUGUUUGGGAAAGGAUAGUUGCACGAUUCCAGUUGAUAGAAACCUAUUCGACAAAGGCAAUAACAAUUGUCCUAAGGAAACAACCAAAGUGUUGGCCGUACAAGUGAGGUGCAGCCCCAAGGAAUGAAAACUUAUAGGCCUUAUUCUGAAGAAAAUUUCCUUUCUUUAUUUUUGGUUUAAAAUGUUUAGUUCUUUCUUUGUUAUUUCUAUGUACGAAGUAAGUAGGCAUCAAGCAGUGAGAUGAGAUAUAUUUUAGAUUGUUCAAAAAUACGAUUGUACAAACUUUUGUUUUCGAAACAUUCUUAUUCUCAUGUACCUUGUAUUACAUUAUUAAUACUCUCCUACUUGAUUCUCAUCAUUUGAAAAAAAUGCAAAAGUGCAUCCUAUUA